ACUAAGAACAAACUCCUCACCACAAAAUUCUUCUCUCUUACACUCUCGAUCAUUGGGUGUUAAUAAGUUCUUAGGAACCCUCCACAGUUUAUAACAAUCAUUCUUCUUUGGAUCCUAAAUCCCCAUAAAAGAGCCUAAGCCUCUUUCAUUUCCUUCAAACAGUACACUAAUUGGUUAGGAUGAAUAUCCCUAGGCCCUGUUCGGUUUUUCUCUAUUCUUUUCUCGUUCUUUCUUGCUUCUCCAUAGCUCAAAUCCAUGGGAGCCAGCAUUCCCAUGCCCUUUCUCGGCUUUAUAAGUCCAAGCUGAAUUCAGAAAGCGCAGGCAUCGACACGAAGCCAUUCGAGGUCAUUCUUCAUGCGAAUGCAACCAGCAUUCAUCAUCCCCAGGAAGGGUUGAAGGAGAAAGAUAGGAUCAAGAGCUUGCCUGGACAACCCGAGGUGAAUUUCAAUCAGUAUGGUGGGUAUGUUACUGUGGAUAAAAGAGCAGGUCGUGCAUUUUUUUACUACUUUGUUGAAGCUGAGAAUCAGCAGGCCAAGGAUUCUUUGCCUCUUCUUCUAUGGCUCAAUGGAGGACCUGGAUGUUCCUCUCUUGCCUAUGGAGCAAUGCUUGAGCUUGGACCGUUCCGUGUUCAUAGCGAUGGGAAAACCCUUUACAGAAACAGAUAUUCGUGGAACCAUGCUGCAAAUGUUUUGUUCCUUGAGUCUCCUGCUGGUGUGGGGUUUUCAUACUCUAAUAGAACAUCAGAUUAUGACAAAAGUGGGGACAGAAGAACAGCUGCAGAUAAUUAUGUGUUCUUGGUGAAUUGGUUGGAGAGGUUUCCUGAAUAUAAGGGGAGAGAGUUCUAUAUUUCUGGUGAAAGCUAUGCAGGGCACUAUGUACCUCAACUUGCACAGACUAUCCUCCAUCACAACAAGAAGGCCAAAAAAACCAUCAUCAACCUUAAGGGAAUUAUUAUUGGAAAUGCAGUGAUUAACGAUGAAACUGAUACAAGAGGGAUGUAUGACUACCUUGCUACUCAUGCUCUCAUCUCCGAUGAAAUUGCAAAGAAAGUCCAAAAAUACUGCGACUUUUCACCCAAUGCAACUAAUCAACCAAAGGAGUGCGGUGAUGCUACUGAUGCUGCCGAUAAGGCUACCUAUCACAUUGAUAUCUAUAACAUCUACGCCCCCUUAUGCACCUCUUCCAAUCUCACAGCCAAACCCAAAAAGGCUUCAAUACUAAAGUUUGAUCCGUGUAGCGAGUUCUAUGCUUAUGCUUAUUUGAAUCGGCCAGAUGUUCAAGAAGUUCUCCAUGCUAAUGUCACUAAACUCACACAUGAUUGGGAACCAUGUAGUGAUGUAAUUACACAUUGGGGAGAUAGUGCAACAACUAUAAUACCCCUUUUACAUGAGUUUAUGGAUAAUGGACUUCGAGUCUGGAUUUUCAGUGGCGAUAUCGAUGGAAGGGUUCCAGUCACUUCAACAAAGUAUUCUCUUGAGAAGAUGAAUCUACCAAUCAAGACUGAAUGGCACGCUUGGUACCUUAGUGGACAAGUUGGUGGUUACACACAAGUGUAUGAAGGAGACAUUACAUUUGCCACAGUGAGGGAGGCAGGGCAUCAAGUCCCAAGCUACCAGCCUGCUAGGGCUCUUUCACUCAUAUCGCACUUCCUUGAUGGCACAUCUCUUCCUGAUACUACAAGAUAUGCUUGAGAAACACGAUAAGACAGUUGGGUUUCAUAUAUAUUCUGAUCAUUAAUUUGCCUUGUUAAUAAUUUUUAUACAUCCAUACAAGGUUAGCUGGCUAUUUGAUCGAUCACUACUCACUUCAUGCUAAUAUAUUUUUCAUUGCGCCUAUAGUGCCCAAUGUAU